AGUCAAAGCUGCGUCCUUGGCCAACACUGACCGAUCCCAUUUCACCAUGACGGCCAUGACACCAGAAGAAAAAUUUGAGCUCAUUAACCGCAACCUCCAAGAGGUGCUUGGAGCGGACCAGAUCAAACAGAUCCUCGCACAGCGGGAUUUGAAUUUGUACUGGGGUACAGCGCCUACGGGGAAGCCUCACAUUGGCUACUUUGUGCCUAUGACCAAGAUUGCGGAUUUCUUAAAGGCGGGAUGUCAUGUUACGAUUCUCUUUGCCAACCUCCACGCGUACCUCGACAAUAUGAAGGCUCCUUGGGAUCAACUAGAGCUCCGCACAAAGUACUAUGAAGCGACCAUCAAGGCAAUGCUCACUUCCAUCGGUGUCCCAUUGGAUAAACUCAAAUUCGUCGUGGGAACAUCGUACCAAUUGAGCCAGGAAUACUCACUGGAUGUGUACAAAAUGCUCGCAAUCACGACCGAGCACGAUGCCAAGAAGGCUGGCGCCGAGGUCGUCAAACAGGCUGCGUCACCGCUCAUGUCCGCGCUUGUCUACCCUCUUCUCCAGGCUUUGGAUGAGGAGUAUUUAAAAGUAGAUGCCCAGUUUGGUGGAGUAGACCAGCGAAAGAUUUUCACGUUUGCGGAAAAGUACAUGCCAAAUCUUGGAUACAAGAAGCGGGCACACCUUAUGAAUCCCAUGGUGGCCGGUUUGCGAGGAUCCAAAAUGAGUGCGUCAGACCCAGAUUCCAAAGUGGAUUUACUAGAUGAUGCCAAAACUGUAGCCCGCAAGAUCAAAAAGGCGUUCUGCGAGGAAGGGAACGUGGAUGAUAACCCCCUUUUGGAGUUCCUCAAAGUCGUCGUCUUCCCUGCCCGAUCUUUGACUGACCCAACCUACAAAUUUGUCGUCAAACGACCGGAAAAAUUCGGUGGAGACAUUGUAUUUGACUCUUACCAACAAAUCGAAGAUGCCUUCCGCGAAAAGAAAUUGCAUCCGGUGGAUUUGAAGACUGGGACGGCGGACGCCAUCAACGCACUCCUGGAGCCCAUUCGAACUACAUUCAAGGACGAAGCAUUGAUUCAAUUGUCCAAAGAUGCGUACGGAGACGCUCAAGCAGCGGCCAAGCAGAUCAAGAAACCCGUGCAAAACUCUGCAGAACCUGAUGUGGAAAACAUUUCCAAAUUGGAUAUUCGUGUCGGGAGAAUCGUUGACAUUAAACUCCACCCGGACGCUGAGUCCCUCUACGUAGAACAAAUUGACCUGGGCGAACCUACUGGCCCACGGACGAUUGUUAGUGGUCUAGCUAAGCAUAUUCCCCUCUCAGAACUCCAGAACCGUACCGUUCUCGUCCUUACCAACCUCAAACCCAGCAAACUCCGCGGCAUUGAAUCCAACGGCAUGGUCUUGGCAGCUUCCACCUCAGACAACACAACUGUCGAGCUCCUCGAUCCUCCGUCGGAAGCCUCUGUAGGCGAUCACGUAUCGUUUGAAGGGUUCGACUACGCUCCUGUACCCAUCUUGAAUCCCAAGAAGGAUGUGUGGAAAAAGUGCGCGGGCGAAAUGAAGGUGGACGGCUCGGGGGUUGCGGUUUUCAGGAACGUGCCUUUCGUGGUGGGUGGGGGUGCCGUCAAGGCACGCAGUUUGAAAGAUGCCUUGAUUGGAUAAAUGUUUUGGGUUGCGGUUAUAGAUGUGGAACUCGUUGGUUAUAUGUACUAGAAAUCCAAUUUAUAUACAUGUAUUUCAGGAUUGUUGGGCGGACCUGACAACGCCAUGACUUUAGAAGGUUGGCCAACAAUAUGAAUGAGGAGGGGAGAUGCACCUAGUAUACAUUAACCUUUGACUCAAACACACACAUAUACAUACACACAACAACCACAAUUGACAAAGUAUGACCCAAAAGAAAAAAAAAAUAAAAGAAAACCAAGGACAUGUUCAC